AUGUCCACUCAAGGCACAGAUCGGAACGCGCGUGGCAAACUCGCCAGGACGAUCAUCAACAAUGUCAUCCCGACGAUCCUCAAGGGAAACCCCGUGCGCGGCGCGGGGUCGACGCGCUUCUGCAGCGCCGGGACCGGGGACGCACCUUUGCUCGCCGUCCUGAUGAUCGCCGACACACUCGAGGCCGCGGCGCAUAUCCGCAGCACGCACCUCACGCUCCCGCAUCGCCGCCAACCUCGCAUCGCCGUGCUCAACAUGGCAUCCCCUUACGUCCGGGCGGCGGAGUGCUUCUUCCGCUUGGACGACGACAUGCCUGCCAAGGGAAGCGCGCAGAAGGACUGGUUUUUCGUGGACGUCAUCACGGCAGCGAUGCACCGGCUCCCGAAGUAG